AUGACGAUCGUGCUGGAGAAGAUCGAGCCCCACGGAACUAACGACACUGAGCCAUGGACGAGGGAGGAGAAGCUGCUGACUCUCCCAUUCCCACAACUGGGACGAUGGGACUUUGGGACAACGCCCCUGAAACGGACUGGGCCACAGAAGGCAGACGGAAUAUUCGAUGGCCCCAAAAACGUGGAUGACACGCAGGUUCCCUCCCUUGGUGGCCCAGGUCGCCCCGGCCGCCCCUCCGCCACGCAGUAG